AUGGCCGAUCCGCCCUCAGGCGCCCGCCUCGUCGUUGCUACGCGACGGGCAGAGCCCGCCCCCCCCCGCCCCGGAGGAACUACAACUCCCAGCAAGCCCCGCGCGCCAGGGGCGGUGCGCCUCCAGGGGCCUGCACUACAUUUCCCGGCAGGCGGCGGGGGCGACGGCCAAUCCGCACGUCCCAGGUUGGUCUGUGCGAGGAGCGGGGUUGGCUUCCGCGGGAGUAAGCGGGCCGCGGAGAGGAAGCGGCGCAGGGGAAGCAGCGCCGAACCAAGUAAGUUUUCACAAACAGUGAACGGAAUUCCUUCUUCAAACACAGUCAGCAGUGGAAUGGACCCCUUCCAUGCUUGUAGUAUUCUUCAACAGCUUAAAACCAUGUAUGAUGAAGGACAACUGACAGAUAUCGUAGUGGAAGUGGAUCAUGGGAAAACAUUCUCCUGUCAUAGGAAUGUUCUUGCUGCAAUCAGUCCUUAUUUCAGAUCUAUGUUCACUAGCGGCCUUACAGAGAGUACCCAGAAAGAAGUUCGUAUAGUUGGUGUUGAAGCAGAGUCAAUGCAUUUAGUAUUGAACUAUGCAUAUACCUCCAGAGUAAUGCUGACAGAGGCCAACGUUCAAGCUUUGUUCACUGCAGCUAGUAUCUUCCAGAUCCCUUCCAUACAAGACCAGUGUGCUAAAUAUAUGAUUAGUCAUUUGGACCCACAGAACUCCAUCGGGGUGUUUAUCUUUGCUGAUCACUAUGGUCAUCAGGAGCUCAAAGACAGAUCACAGGACUACAUUCGUAAAAAGUUUCUGAGUGUCACCAAAGAGCAAGAAUUUCUUCAGUUGAGAAAAGACCAACUGAUAAGUAUACUCGACAGUGAUGAUUUAAAUGUAGACAAAGAAGAACAUGUUUAUGACAGCAUUAUAAGGUGGUUUGAGCAUGAACAAAAUAAGAGAGAAGUGCACCUUCCAGAAAUAUUUGCCAAAUGCAUCCGUAUGCCUCUGUUGGAAGAGACAUUUUUAGAGAAAAUCCCUCCCAUGUUUGCACAGGCUAUGGCCAAAAGCUGUGUACAAAAGGGACAACAUAGUGCCAAUGGCUAUACACAACGGCUUGGAAUGACCGCUUCUGAAAUGAUCAUAUGCUUUGAUGCUGCCCACAAACACUCAGGAAAGAAGCAAACAGUGCCUUGUUUAGAUUCGGUCACAGGGAGAGUGUUUAAACUAUGCAAGCCACCAAAUGACUUGAGAGAGGUUGGAAUUCUUGUAUCUCCUGAUAAUGAUAUUUAUAUUGCGGGUGGUUACAGACCAAGCAGCAGCGAGGUCUCCAUUGACCACAGAGCAGAGAGUGAUUUUUGGAUGUAUGAUCACUCUGGCAAUAGGUGGAUUCCGAAAGCUCCUUUGUUGCGAGCCAGAAUAGGCUGCAAAUUGGUUCAUUGCUGUGGUAAACUGUAUGCAAUAGGUGGUCGCGUUUAUGAAGGAGAUGGGAGAAACUCACUCAAGUCUGUGGAGUGUUAUGACAGCCGAGAGAACUGUUGGACGGCUGUCUGUCCAAUGCCGGUAGCAAUGGAGUUUCAUAGUGCUGUGGAAUAUAAGGAUAACAUCUAUGUUUUACAGGGGGAAUUUUUUCUCUGCUAUGAUCCUCAGAAGGAUUACUGGGGAUUUUUGACCCCAAUGACUGUGCCUAGAAUCCAAGGCUUGGCAACUGUAUACAAUGACUCCAUCUACUACAUAGCUGGAACCUGUGGAAACCAUCAACGUAUGUUUACCGUAGAGGCCUAUGACAUUGAACAAAAUAAGUGGACUCGAAAAAAAGACUUCCCAUGUGAUCAGUCCAUUAAUCCAUAUAUAAAACUCGUACUCCUCAAAAAUAAACUCCAUCUGUUUGUCAGAGCUACUCAAGUCACUGUUGAAGAACAUGUUUUCAGAACCAGCAGGAAGAAUUCACUCUACCAGUAUGAUGAGGUUGCUGACCAAUGGCAAAAAGUAUAUGAGACUCCAGAUAGGCUCUGGGAUUUAGGCCGGCAUUUUGAAUGUGUUGUUGCUAAACUGUAUCCGCAGUGUCUUCAGAAAGUUAUUUAAUUUUUUUUUUUCAGUAACAGGCCUUAGUGA